AUGGGAGCUCAAGAGGUGUUUCGUGCUAGAAUUACCGUUCCCUGUGCUUGUGCUGAAGUGAGAGAGACGUCGCAAAUUAUAUUGGCUUUCUCUUUCUUCUACCGCACCUGGAACCACAAAAGGAUUGUUGAUGUUUGUGAAACAUUACAGAGAAUCUACCGAGACCUCCAGGAUCAGACUCCAGAGAUCACAAUCCGAGUAAAUAUCAUCGUGUUCACUGUCAUUACAACGUAUUUGUUUAUGAUCGGUUUCGCAAACAUUAUAACGAACAAUGCAGAUAAUGAUGUGGUCUUCUUGUUAGUGUAUGCCAACUCGCUAUGGUUGUACUGUACCGAAGUUGCCUUUCUACUCCACUUCACACAUGUAGCUCAAGUUAUCACAACUGGUUUCAAGAUAGUUAACGUCAGGAUAACAGAAGAAAUUGCCUACGACGUAACUCAACAAACCCUGAUGGGUCGCAGAUUGCCUGAUACUGCAAUCUUUCAUACAACACGCAGUGUACUGUCCAAGAUCAAGAAACUGAAGACUCUGAUGAACACAUACUGGAUGCUGUGUGACGCCGUACACCAGGCUAAUGACUUCUACUGCGAUCAGCUGAUGGCUAUUAUGUUCUCCUUAUUUGUUCACGUCACUACCAGGUCCUACUUCUUCUUCUUACACGUCCAAACUGGUAAAGUGUUAAAUAUGACUAAUGAGGGAGCCUGGUCUUUGGCGUACAUUUGCUACGCGGUCCUGCUGGUUACCUCAAGCACAGAUGUCACGAACUCGGCUGACAACACAAGGACGACAAUUUGCAAGUUCAUCAACGAAGAUCUGGAUCCUGAUAUUAAGAAAGAGAUGGAAGAGUUUCUGCUGCAGUUGCCUCACCACAACGCAAGAUUCUCAGCUCGUGGCUUUUUCCAGAUCCACAACGAGACUCUCACAUCGAUGGCUGGAGCAGUUACAACAUACUUGGCAGUACUGAUCCAGUUCCAGACUGAACCACCAACUACCUAG